AAAUAAAAAGAAAAAGAAAAAAAAAUCCUUCGAAAUUAUAGGAAAAAUGUUAGAGACGCCUAGACUCACCGAAUGAGCUUGUUCUUCUUCUUCUUCUCAUUCUCAGUACUCAAAAUUUUCAUCGCUUUGCGUUGAUUAAGCUUUAUUCUCUCAACUUUCGAUUUCGAUCAUUUUUUUCGAUUUUCGAAUAUCUUCUUCAAAAUCAUCAUCAUCGAAAUUCAAUGGGUUGUACGGUGAGAGAAAAACACAUCAGAGCUAAUCGCCGACCACGAUCGACGGCGGCGAAACCUGAUUCCGAUUCUUCCGAUAACAAAGAUGCAAUUUCCAAAUCCAUUGCUGAGUCUGGUCUCAAACCCUUCAAAUACGAUAUUUCUUCUUCUAACGGUCUUAUUCCUCUUCCUAAUCCAAACCCUAAUUCGGACGAAUCUGGUUGGGGUUAUUGUACUGAGGAACAAUUGGAAGAGAUUCUUUUGAAAAAUUUGGAAUUUGUUUAUAAUGAAGCUGUUUCAAAGAUUGUUGCUUUAGGUUAUGAGGAAGAUGCUGCUUUGAAAGCUAUUUUGAGGAAUGGUCAUUGUUAUGGUGGAAUGGAUGUUUUGACGAAUAUUUUGCAUAACUCUUUAGCGUAUUUGAAUAGUAAUGGUAGUGUUGUUUCUAUUGGUGCUGGUUUUGGUGGUGGUGGUGGUGGUGAUGGUAAUAAUGGGAAUUCUGAUGAGGCUGAGCUUGUUUUCUCUGAUUUGAGGCAGUUAGAGGAAUACUCUUUGGCUGGUAUGGUUUGUUUGUUGCAACAGGUUAGACCUAAUUUGAGUAAAGGUGAUGCAAUGUGGUGUUUGCUUAUGAGUGAUCUUCAUGUGGGGAAAGCUAGUACUAUGGAGAUUCCUGUGCCCGGGAGUGGGGGUGCUACUCGUACGCCUGCUAUGGUUGAGUCUGGUCAGUCAGGUCGCAGUUCCGUUGGUGUUAGGGCUCCUCCCUUGUGUAGGUUUCAUGGAGGGUGGGGAUUUGGAAAUGGGGAUUAUCCUGUGAAUGGGAUAUUUUCGUGUGGUCCGGAUUUGCAAAGAGAGAUUGAAUUCCCGAAAAGGUUUGAUCUUUCGCCUACAAUGAAGGUCUUGUUGAAGAGAAAUGUUACAAUGUUUGCUGCUGGUUUUAGGGCAAACACCAAACAGCUGCAGACACAAGGGAAGGUGAAGGCUAACCUUCCUGGUGGCCGCAGUCCUGUGUCUGGUUUGGAUUCCCCGGUUGUUUCUUCAGGGGCUGAAGCCACGGUUGAUCAGUGUGGACAUUCUCGGUUUCCUGAUAACCAAGAUGCUGUGAACUCGGUGCUGAGUAAAUUUCGUGACUUGAAUCUUGAUGAGAAUUUGGAGUUUGUGGCUGAGGAUCAGAAAGAUGAGGUGAUAGUAAGUAUAUUUCAUCAGAUAAAGGAUUUGGAGAAACAGGCCAAGGAGCGAAAAGAAUGGGCUCAUCAGAAAGCAAUGCAAGCGGCAAAGAAGCUAAGCAGUGAUUUGACUGAGCUGAAAACGUUGCGGAUGGAUAGAGAGGAAACUCAGAAAUUAAAGAAAGGGAAACAAGCACUUGAGGACACAACCAUGAAGAGACUCUCAGAAAUGGAGAAUGCUUUGAGAAAGGCUAGCGGUCAAGUGGACCGUGCAAAUGGAGCUGUGAGAAGAUUAGAGACUGAGAAUGCGGAAAUCAGAGCAGAGAUGGAGGCUUCCAAAUUAAGUGCAUCAGAGUCAGUGACAGCUUGCUUAGAAGUUGCGAAAAGGGAGAAAAAAUGGUUAAAGAAACUUCUAGCUUGGGAAAAACAGAAAGCUAAGCUGCAAAAAGAGAUUUCCAAUGAGAAAGAGAAGAUAUUGGAGGCACAAGAAGUGUUGGCUCAGAAUACACAACGUCAAAAAGAAGCUGAGGUUAAAUGGAAGGAGGAGUUGAAGGCUCAAGAAGAUGCCUUGGCACUAGUUGAGGAGGAGCGCCGUGCCAAGGAAGCAGCUGAAUCAAACAAUAAGAGGGGGUUUGAGGCUUUGCGUCUGAAGAUAGACAUAGAUUUCCAGCGCCACAAGGAUGACCUAAGUAGACUUGAGCAUGAUCUUUCGCGCCUUAAAGCGUCUGUUCAAUCUGCUGUGCUGCACCAUCAAUCAAAUACUACACCUAUAAGUGACUUUGAGGGUACAAAGCCCCAAAGAGAGACAAUCGCUAAGCUGCUUCUGGAAUUGGAUAACCUGGAGGAUUUAUCAGAAAAUGAAGUUAGUAACAACAGAGAAUGCAUUAUAUGCAUGAAAGAUGAAGUCUCCAUUGUUUUCUUGCCAUGUGCUCACCAAGUCAUGUGUGCUAAAUGCAGUGAUGAGUAUGGGAAAAAGGGCAAGGUUGCUUGUCCUCGCUGCCGAGUUCAAAUACAACAGAGAAUCCGUGUAUUUGGGGCUUGUUCUUAGCUUAUUUUAAAGAUAUUUCAAUAUGACUUGAGUAGGGUAGAUAUACCCUACGAGUUUUGCAUAAAUUUGCACUUAAGGAUUGGGACAAUUUGUCUCUCUGUUCUCCACAUCUUAUUGGAGUUCUUGUUCAUAGGCAAGAAUUGUUACUAUUAAUACUUACAUCAAAAAUAAAAACCAGGACCUUGCAUUAGCUUGUCUCGUGGAAUGUAUGACAACUUGGUUGCUUGCAGUUGCUUUAUUUGAAAAUAGGAAAUGGGCAACAGUGUCAUUUUAUUUUGAAAGGUGACCUGUGCCGUUUCCAUGGCAAUUUUGAUCCAUUUUA